GUGGGCCCAGCCUCCAUCCUCCUCCUCUGAGAGCGAGCCGGCGGCGGCGAGCGGCAUUGCGGGUUAUCUGGUGGAGCGGGACAUGGCGGGGUACGGGGACCGGCGAUCGCCGCCGCUGGAGGGCAUCACCGUCGACGGGGCCAGCAGGGCCCAAUCGCCCGGGGCGGGUGCGGGGGCGGGGGCGGGGAGGCUGCCGCCGCCGCCAGGAGGCUUCGCGCGCGGGCUCAUGAAGCAGCCGUCGCGGCUGGCGUCCGGGGUGCGGCAGUUCGCUUCGCGUGUGUCGAUGAAGGUGCCCGAGGGCGUGGCCGGGAUGCGGCCGGGACGGAUGACGCGGAUGCAGUCUAGCGCGCAGAUGGGGCUCCGUGGCUUGCGCUUCCUCGACAAGACCUCCGGCGGCAAGGAGGGAUGGAAGGCCGUCGAGCGCCGCUUCGACGACAUGGCCAAGGGCAGCGGACGACUCCAGAAGGAGAGCUUCGGCAAGUGCAUCGGCAUGGGGGACUCCAAGGAGUUUGCCGGCGAGCUGUUCGUGGCGCUGGCGCGGAGGCGGAGCCUGGAGCCGGAGGAUGGCAUCACCAAAGAGCAGCUCAAGGAGUUCUGGGAGGAGAUGACCGACCAGAACUUCGACUCGCGGCUGCGCAUUUUCUUUGACAUGUGCGACAAGAACGGCGAUGGGAUGCUCACGGAAGAUGAGGUCAAAGAGGUUAUUAUACUGAGCGCGUCAGCGAACAAGCUAGCCAAGCUGAAGGGUCACGCCGCGACCUACGCGUCCCUGAUCAUGGAAGAGCUCGACCCGGACGACCGCGGCUACAUUGAGAUUUGGCAACUGGAGACGUUGCUCCGGGGCAUGGUGAGCGCGCAGGCUCCCGAGAAGCUGAAGCGGACGACGUCGAGCCUGGCGCGGACGAUGAUCCCGUCGCGGUACCGGAACCCGCUGAAGCGGCACCUGUCCAAGACGGUGGACUUCAUCCACGAGAACUGGAAGCGGAUAUGGCUCGUGACGCUGUGGCUGGUCGUCAACGUCGCCCUGUUCGUGUACAAGUUCGAGCAGUACAAGCGCCGAACCGCGUUCCAGGUGAUGGGCUACUGCGUCUGCGUCGCCAAGGGUGCCGCUGAGAUCCUCAAGCUCAACAUGGCUCUCAUCCUGCUGCCCGUCUGCCGGAAUACGCUGACGACGCUCAGGUCCACCGCGCUCAGCCAUGUCAUACCCUUCGAUGACAACAUCAACUUCCACAAGGUCAUCGCGCUGUCCAUCGCGAUCGCCACAGCGAUCCACACGCUCGCACACGUGACCUGCGACUUCCCAAGGCUGAUCAGCUGCCCGACGGACAAGUUCAUGGCCACCUUGGGGUCCAACUUCCACUACAAGCAGCCGACUUACCUGGGCUUGCUGGAGAGCACACCCGGGGUUACCGGAAUCCUCAUGAUCAUCAUAAUGUCCUUCUCCUUCACGCUGGCAACACAUUCCUUCAGGCGGAGUGUGGUGAAGCUGCCAUCGCCGCUACACCACCUUGCCGGUUUCAAUGCCUUCUGGUACGCUCACCACCUGCUGGUCCUUGCGUAUGUCCUGCUGGUGGUGCACUCCUACUUCAUAUUCCUCACCAGGGAGUGGUACAAGAAGACGACAUGGAUGUACCUGAUUGUCCCUGUCCUCUUCUAUGCCUGUGAAAGAGUCAUCAGGAAAUUUCGUGAGAACAACUACCAUGCGGGAAUUGUGAGGGCAGCAAUUUAUCCGGGAGAUGUGCUCUCUAUUCACAUGAAGAAGCCACAGGGUUUCAAGUACAAGAGUGGGAUGUAUCUGUUUGUUAAAUGCCCAGAAGUCUCGCCCUUCGAGUGGCACCCCUUCUCUAUAACUUCGGCACCAGGCGAUGACUACUUGAGUGUGCAUAUCCGUACGCUGGGUGACUGGACAUCCGAACUGCGGAUGCUUUUUGGGAAGGCUUGCCAGGCACAAGUAACUUCCAAGAAGGCUACCCUUACAAGACUUGAAACUACAGUUGUGGCAGACGCCCAGACAGAGGACACUAGGUUUCCCAAGGUCUACAUAGACGGGCCAUACGGUGCACCAGCACAAAAUUACAGGAAAUAUGACAUUCUUCUGCUUAUUGGCCUUGGAAUAGGAGCAACUCCUUUCAUCAGCAUACUGAAGGAUAUGUUGAACAACCUAAAAUCCAACGAAGAGGUGGAAAGCAUCCACGGCUCUGAGAUAGGCAGCUUCAAGAACAAUGGUCCAGGAAGGGCUUACUUCUACUGGGUCACCAGAGAGCAAGGAUCUUUCGAAUGGUUCAAAGGAGUCAUGAAUGAGGUUGCAGGGAGCGAUCACAGCAAUGUUAUAGAGAUGCACAAUUACCUGACCAGCGUGUAUGAAGAAGGUGACGCAAGGUCAGCUCUGAUUGCCAUGGUACAGUCACUUCAGCGUGCUAAAAACGGCGUGGAUAUCGUCUCCGGCAGCAAGAUUCGAACACAUUUUGCAAGACCAAACUGGAGGAAGGUAUUCUGUGAUUUGGCCAGCGCACACAAGAACUCUCGCAUAGGAGUUUUCUAUUGUGGAUCUCCGACGCUCACAAAACAACUGAAGGAUCUUUCGAAAGAAUUCAGCCAGACAACCACAACCCGGUUCCAUUUCCACAAAGAGAACUUCUGAGACGUGUACCCGAAGAUCCGAUGGACUGGAAACAUAAUUGUAUAGGGAAAAAAUACGAUAGCAUUGGCAUAGCAGAUUUAGUUUUACAAGUUUUGAUGUAUGCGGGGUUGUACAAAAUAUGUGUAGAAAGCUAGAUGUCACCAUCAUACAUAGAUUCUGAAAUGCUUGCAGCUAUAUAUAUUGCAUUGCAUAAGUGAAACCACUUGCUUCCUAGGAUAACCGAGUUCUAGAUCUCCUGCUUUGAACACGCAAAUUUUCUCUUUUCAGUCUUUCUGCCCGAGCUGUCAUUGCAUUGCGAAUAAGGGUGCUAUUCUGUUUCCUAGAAGAUUCUUGUGUAUCAUCUUGCACUGGCACAAGUGCCACAGAACCUGGUGUGUCUUCAGCGCCCUGAGAAUUUCCAGGUGCAUUCCUGUUCUUUGGAGGCCUGCCUCUUUUUUUAGGCUGCUUAUCAGCAGAUAAAGAUGUAUCUUUUCGAGGCCUGCCCCUCUUCCUAGGUUGAUUACUAGCCUGCAAGCCGUCCACUCUAACUAUCGCCAUCUUAUUGUUUGUAUCAUUUCCCUGGGAUAGUGUAACUAUAUGUGAUGUUUUCUCCAUACUGUCAUCCACUGUAGCAUAUAUUUUCCUUGGUCUACCCACCUUUGGUUUGGAGUCAGAAACUGAUCCCUUAAGUUUGCACUUGUCGAUAACAAGUGUUUUAAGUGGAACAGUUAUGUCCAAUGGCAGUAGAACUUUCUCAAGUUCACGCCAUUCAAGAUCUUCCUGGUCUCCAUCAUCAUAAAUGACGGUGUACCAGUUGCUUUCAAUGUCAUACUUGGCCACUUUCCCGACGAAAUAUGUGUCUCCAAAAAGCUUACGCACUUUCCUCCCUUCUAACCAUUCACCAAAACGAGGAUCAACAUGAGAUUCUGCGUCAUUUUUUACUGCAGAUUGAGAACCAGUUGUGCAAUCAAAA